CCAGGAGUGCACGGAAGUUGAAAAGGUUGUAGUUUAUCGUCGUCUGGAGAUAAAACAUUACGGUACUAUUUAUAGAUUCAGUGUCGUAUUGAGUUGGUAAGUGUCAUUACGUUUGUAUGGUAAGACGGAUACAGAAGUGAGUUGCUACAGAUUAUACUGUACCUUAUAUACCGUAACGUUUUCUCUGCGUUUCUUCAAAAUUCAGCAUGACAACUGAGGUUGGAUGUUGUACAAAGUAUUUUCUCUUUUUCUUCAACAUAUUAUUUUGGAUUGUUGGAUUGUUUCUUCUUGGGGCUGGAAUAUGGGCAUGGAGUGAAAAGGGUUUUUUCGAUAGGCUUACGAAAGUUGGUGCGUUACCUAUAGAUCCAGUACUCGUUAUUAUGAUUGUUGCUUUUAUUAUAUUCACACUGAGCCUUACUGGAUGUUUAGGAUCACUACGAGAAAAUAUCUGUCUUCUAAAAUUUUUCUCAAUAUGCCUUGGUGUGAUCUUUUUUGCGGAGCUUAUUGCUGGAAUUCUGGGAUUUGUUUACAAAGAUUGGUUCCAGUCGCAGUUUGCAUUAUUUGUGAACAAAACAAUCAAAGGUUACAGAGAAGAUCCUGACCUACAGAAUAUAAUCGACUUUUCACAAACUUUUUUGCAAUGUUGUGGAGGUGACACUGGAACUGCUGAUUGGGAUAACAAUGUUUAUUUCAAUUGUUCUUCUCAAAUUGAAAUUAACGGAAGAUUGUUUACGCCUGCGGAAUCGUGUGGAGUUCCAUUCUCAUGUUGUCUCGUGGUACCCGGACAAGAAGUUGAUGUUAUUGAUACUCAUUGUGGAUACGGGGUUCGUAAAGAUGAUGCGAAGAUUUCUGAGCAGAUGAAAACAGUAUACACAACAGGAUGCCUAACAAUGUUUGAAGAUUGGUUAAAAAUGAAUUUGUAUACUGUUGCUGGUGUGUUCAUCGGUAUUGCAUUACUUCAGAUUGUUCCCAUAUGCAUGGCACAAAACAUGAUAAGUGAUAUUGAAUCUAUAAAAGCAAGAUGGCAAAGGUAGUGAAGUAGCAUGUUUCCAUCUCUUACCAGCUUACAAGGCAGAUGCGGAAAAUAUCGCUGUCCGAUUAUGGUUAUUAUGUAACACCUGCCCAUACUUGGACAGUGUUUAUGUAACGAUGCUUUCCUCUGUACCAGAAAUAGUCAUAGAGAUAUUCUAGAUGCUCUUUUUUACCUAUUUUCAUUCAUUCUCAUUUAUUUUUACCCUUCAUUGCAUUUUUAUUUUGCUGAAUAAUCAUGAAUUUGUGAAUCAAAUCCUGUUAUUUUUAUUUGAUUUGUUUUUGAAACAAAACUGGUUUUUAUUGCAGAAAUAUCUUUUUUAAUAUGCUAUUGGCCGUUCUUCAUGUUUGUUUCUGACAGUUAUUAAAUGAUUUGUCACCUUCUCAUGAAGAGAAAUUAUGAAAACAGAUAAAUAUUUAGCAUAAUCUUUUGAGCAGAUAUCGUCACUCAUAAUAGUUUUUAGUUGUGCUGAUUUAAUAAAUAUUUCUAUAAGCAAUCGUAGGUUAUAGACUUUUUGACAACCUCUAUUCAGUCCAUCUACCCACUAUUUUCAUGUCAUCGGUGUCAGGAUUGAUCAAAUUGGUUAUGCUAUCAUAGUAUCAUUCCGAGCUUAGGCGCUUUUUGUACUCUUUACAUAUUUAGGAUAAUAGAGACAUUUACAAUCAUUGAAUAUUUAUCUAGGAAUAAAACGAAACAAGUUUUAUUGAAUCUUUGGAAAAAAAAGUUUUUCAGCA